GUGCCCCCGUGCACCACCCAGAAGGCCAUGGCGCACCAGUGGAGCACCACGAAGAUGCCAAAGUAGAUGUGGAAGAGGGAGGCGAAGAGGGCGAGCGCAAGGACGCGAGACGAGAUGGUGAAGAGGCGCCAGAAGAGGUGCAGCAGCGCCCCGCGGUAGCUCAUGCUGCGCUGGUCGUCACGGGAGUCCCGCAGGAGCUUGUGGUAGGAGGCCAGAACCCAGGCGAGAGACAGGAGGGAGGCCAGGGAGGAGAUGCCUACGGGAAAAAAGAGAACGGAGGCGGAUGAUUAAGAUGCUUCAAUCAAUCUGAACAAAGUGGAGUCAUGACUUCAUGAAAAACACAAAGAUAUUUUGAGUCAGUGUGGGUGUCAUCAUCCUUAAAUAAGAGGCAGUGUGUGUGUGACGCAGGAGAAACAUUUCUAAUGUCCCAGCUCCUGAGUGCAUCCACCCCCAGUACGAGUCACAUAUUUGCAUUACAUCAGAUACUGUCCCAAACUAGUGGUAGGGAUGAUUAACACCAGUGGGUGGGAGGCCGCCUCGGGUGAUACACUCCCUUGAUGCAUGAGGAGAGGAGGCCGAUGGACUUGACAGCGAGCACAUCCCCUGAAGUCUUGCUUUGACCACCUGAACAAUAACCACUGUGUGAUAAUCAGCACCAACUGCAGCCACAAAUUACUGUGUGUGCAAAUUGCUAAUUACUGUUUGUGCAGCCGUUUGUUUUGUGCGGUCUACAUGGGAAACAACGGCGUUGUGUUCUGUAACCCGUGGCGGGAGGCAGUCGCUCAUGCGGUGCCCGGCCUGCCGCGCUCCACCUACACUGCAGCGUCUCGGCCCGGUUCUCCUGGAUCAUGAUGCAGAGCUGCAGCACCAGCUGCGGCGCCGACUCCAGGAACGUCUCCAGCAGCCGCAGCAUGUUGACGUCGGCGUACUCGAACAUCAUUGCCCAGUACCAGCGUCGCUGGUGCUCCUUCUGCCGCCGCGACAUGAGGCCCAGAUACAGCGUCCUGAUGUACCUGCGAGAGGUCAAAGGGUGUCCAAGACGUCCCGCGUCCCAGCCACGUCUUCCAGGCCCUCCCGAGGCCAGAUGGGAUACGAAGUGGAGGUCUGGGUCUACCUCUAUAGGUCUCCUCCCAGUCGGACGUGCCCGGUGCACCUCCAGUGGAAGGCGCCCAGUAGGCAUCCGGACAAGACGAACCACCUCAGCUGGUUCCUCUCGACUCGGAGGAGCCGCCGCUCCGCUCCAUGACAGUGCUGCCUCCUGGCUUUGACUUAUCCCACGGCCCUACGCACCGCUCUGGUGUCAGCCUGACUCAGAGGGGUUAACACCAAACUGCACCCGCAGAUGUCUGAUGUCAUUAAUAAUCAGCAAAAGGCAGUGGACGAACACAAAGGGACAAAAAAAAGGACAUUUUCACGCACGACGGCGGGAUCUGACUGGACUUGUAGUCGCUCCACUAUGCGUGAAUGGGAAUCCCCAGACUACGAGCCGAGGCUCCCCGUGUCAGAGAAGUCCAAUCCGCUGACGCGUGACAUCGACAGAGCUUCGGCCGGUUGCAUCGUGCGGAUGUUACAGGCCUGUGACGCCCAGAUGUUUCAAGAAGAGACGGGAGCGACCUACCAGAGGCUUCUGAGUGACCGAGUGGUGCAGACUGUGAUGGAGGUCGCAAGGAGGGUGGAGGUCGUUCUGAAGGAGCCUCAGGGCGGCCUCGUCGUACUGAGUGGAUGUGGGACUUCCGGCCGACUGGCUUUUCUCACAGCGUCGGGCUUCAACAGAGAGCUGAGGACGCGGGACCACAGCUCGCUCUUCUCCUACAUCGUUGCAGGAGGAGACAGAGCCCUACUUUCUUCCCAGGAGGCUCCUGAAGACGACGCCAACUUGGGAAUUCUCAGUUUGAAGAAGGCGUGUGAGGGAAAGACGCGCGUCUUGUUCAUCGGCAUUUCCUGUGGAUUAUCUGCUCCAUUUGUGGCAGGUCAACUAGAUUUCUGCCUGCAGCACCCAGAGGUUUACACUCCUGUACUGCUCGGCUUCAACCCCCCACAUCAAGCCAGCGACGAGCCCAUUCCAGGCUGCACGUUCACAUUUCACAGUGUGGUCCAAAGGAUGCAGGAGCUUGUCAGAAGGGAAGAGGCCUUCCUCAUCACCCCGGCCGUUGGGCCAGAAGCCGUCAGCGGCUCGUCCAGGAUGAAGGGCGGCAGCGCCACCAAGAUUCUUCUGGAUGUGAUCUUGUCUGCUGCUCAUGCUGCCACCUUCACCAACACGCCCAUCACGUACAAGGGAGUCGUGCAGCACAUGAGAGCGUACGAGAAAACUCUGGAGGUCACGUACGCUCAGAGUGAGGGCAUCGCUGCUCUGGUGGAGGCAGCUGGACAGAGUUUGUGUCGUGGCAGGCGGGUGUGUUACCUGGGCUGGGGCUCCCUGGCGGUGCUGGGCCUCAUCGAUGCCAGCGAGUGUGAGCCCACAUUUGGAGCAGACUACGAAGAUGUCCGUGGCUUCACGAGAGGAGGAUACAGUGAGCUGAAUAACAAUGAAGGGCCCUUGACUUCGCUGGGAUCUCAGUUUUGCAUCGCACACCAGGAUUUUCUGCGUUUCGUUCUGCCGACUCUCAGCGACCAGGACACUGUUCUUCUCAUCUACACGCAAGACGAUGUGAGUGACGUGGUGACGUUGGCUCGGACGGUGAGGGGGAAGACGUCCAACCUCCACGCUGUUCAUCAUCACACUGACGAACACGCUGCAGCUGCUGCACAACAAGAGGACAUCAAUAAACUGUGUUUAUCUACAGUGAGAGUCACUUGGUCGACAGCUACUUCAGAGAGCUUAGUGCACAUGCAGCGGGAGCUGUCCACCAAGCUGCUGCUGAACGCUGUGAGCACUGGAGCUCACAUCUUAAAGGGGAAGAUUUACCAGAACCACAUGAUCGACGUGCAGGUCACCAACAGCAAACUCUAUCGCAGAGCCACACGUUUGCUCCAGAAACUGUCUGCUCAUCCUGAGCACAGAUGUGAAGAAGCUCUUCUGAAGGCGAUCCACCGCGUGGACGAGCUGACGGCGGACAUCUCGUCCUCUGACGUCACCACACACGCCCACGCUGCCAGAGACAGGAGCACGGUGGUCCCUCUUGCUUUGCUAUGCCUGUUGACUGGUUGCUCUCUCACGGAGGCGGAGUCUCACUUGGAGCAGGAGCCAAUCAUAAGGGAAGCCGUGGAAGCGUGGCUCUCAUAACCGCCGCGUGACGUCACCAUCCCUUCACACGUACAGUACAUUCAUUUGAAUGUAUAGAAUAAAGCCUCUAUUUUUAUUUUGCACUCAGAGGUCAGAGGUGUUAGAUUCACAGAUUUCCAACGGCAGCGACAGUUUGACUUCUGGCACCUGGAGGCUUCAACUGCAAAACCAUGUCUGAACACCGGGUGGCAGACUUGGACACAUGCAAACCUCCAUAAUGCAGUCACCUGCAAUGUACUGAUAGUUUGUGUGUGGAAAUUAAAAGUUUCAUUUGAGAAUAUAGUACAUGUAGUAAAAUCAGGAAAUUACAGUAAUAAAUAUUAAUUUUUAUGCAUCUUUUUCAUCAAUUUUCAUCAAUAGAUUUGGUAAUAAACACAAUACAUACUAUAGCAUUAUGUGACUUAGGAUAAAAUGUUUAAAAUUCAUACCUGAGUGAUGUUUGACGGGCACUGUCACCCUGUGUU